AUAAUCUUCCCUUACCCUUAUCCUAACCCACCCCAAAACAAACAUCACCAUUCCCUCUGUUUAUUUUCUUUUUCAAAAAAUAAAAAUCAAUUCACAUCAUCUUCUUCCUCACAAUCACACAAACCAUGUAAAAACAAUGCAAAAAAAACUCCAUUGCUUCUCUCACCACAAAUUCUCAUUCCCUUACACUAAACCAGCCCACACUUUCCCUUAUCCUCACCAUGAUUUUCCCUCACUUUCUUGCUCCACAGCUCUCCAUUUUCCCUCCCUUUCCUCCAAAACAAACACUAUUAUCCUCCCUCACAACAUCAAAACCCCCAAUUCACCGCCGCCCCCACCUCCGCCACCUCAAAUCCACCCUCCACCGCCGAAACCCAACGACGAUUUCCAACAUAAAAUGCUCUACCUAGACUCGAUAGGAAUCGACGUCUUCUCAUCACCCGACCGCCACCGUCAGAUUAUCUUCUCCGCUUCCCUCACAGACAUUCAAUCAACCGUUGAUUUACUCUCCUCCAUGAACUUCACAUCCCUCGACUUUCGCAGAAUCGUCUCCAUCUGCCCCGAGAUUCUCGCUUCCAGCGCCGCCUCAAUCCUCCCGGUCUUCACCUUCCUUCUCCGGGAAGCUGGCGUCAACGGCUCCGAUUUAAGGAGAGUGAUCAACCGACGGCCGAGAUUGCUACUCUCCAGCGUAAAACAAAGGCUGCGUCCCACCCUAUACUUCAUCCAGAGUAUCGGAAUAGAAGAGGUAAAUAAACACACGUAUUUACUGUCGUGUAGUGUGGAGGAUAAAUUAAUUCCGAGAAUUCAAUACUUUGAAAAAAUAGGGUUUGAAUAUAAAGAAGCUGUGUCUAUGUUUAGGAGGUUUCCGCCCCUGUUCAAUUACAGUGUGAAUGAUAAUUUUGAGCCGAAACUGAACUAUUUUGUAGUCGAAAUGGGGCGGGAUUUGAAGGAAUUAAGAGAGUUUCCGCAGUAUUUUUCGUUUAGUUUAGAGAAUAGGAUUAAGCCGAGACACCAGUGUUGUGUUGAGAGAGGUCUGUAUUUUCCUCUACGUGGUUUGUUGAAGACUACUGACGAUCAAUUUUAUAGUCGAUUGGAUGUUUGUUGUAAUUCGUCAAUGCCUUCGAGUAAUUCGCCUUUGUUUUGUAUAAAUAGUUGUGAUUCUGAUGAUUAUUCUUCUAAUACAAGCUGAAUUCUUGUUAA